AUGUCCACCCAACCGCUCCUCCAAACCGCCCCGGGCAAACGCAUCGCCCUCCCCACCCGUGUCGAGCCCAAAGUCUUCUUCGCCAACGAGCGCACCUUCCUCUCAUGGCUCAACUUUACCGUUAUCCUGGGCGGUCUCGCCGUCGGUCUUCUCAAUUUCGGCGACAAGAUCGGGCAGAUUAGCGCUGGCCUGUUCACCCUCGUUGCUAUGGCCGCCAUGGCGUAUGCGCUGGUUACGUUCCAUUGGCGCGCGAAGAGCAUCAGGCAGAGGGGACAGGGUGGGUUCGAUGAUCGGUUUGGCCCGACGGUAUUGACGAUUGCCUUGUUUGCGGCGGUAGUAGUAAACUUCGUGUUGAGGGUCGUGAGUGAGAACAAGAAAUAG